AUGUUAGUCGAUUACUCACUUUCCCGUCGCCGCGCCGCUAUAUCUACCGCCGCCAAUACUCCUCCUCCUCCUCCCAACAACAACAAUAGCCCUGUUCGUAGCCACGCCUCGGACAAGGCGUCGGCCGUUCGGUCGAUGGGCGGCUUUGCCGUCCAGGGAGACUCCUCGGACGAGGAGUAUAACGUCCCCGCCGCCGAGGCUCAGAUAUGUUUGCCCUGCAUCGAACGUCUGGUCCGCACCGGCACCGCCUACUGCGAACGUGGUGGCGGCAAUAGCUGCACCACCUGCGCCUCGGCUCGGCGCAGGACGACUCCCGCCGACGUUGUCCCCGCCACUCCCCUCACCCCCGCCGGCGGUACUGCCCGUAGUGCCGCCGCUGCGGCGCUGCCCUCGACUCCCGGCGACCCCAUGGGUGCCCUAGUGCUGGCCUCGCAGGCCCUAACGCCGUCGCGCAGCGGUGGUGUGUAG